UAUCAUACAAACACUGAAUUUAUCACACGCAUUUACGCUUUCUGUAUCACUAGUUCGCAAAUCUUAUGAUGUCAUGUCCGAGAGCUGCUAUGGCGCUGAACAGUCAGUCAAGACGCGAUUUUAGGACGAGUCAUGUCGUGAAUGUCGGUCCGAUCGCGUCUCUCGGCUAUUGAACUGAUAUUGUUUUCAGAUUCCCAUUCAACUCCUGGACCAGCAACAACUUUGGAUAUGGAAAGUGACUGGCCUGGGCGCUGGAACCAUGUCAAGAAAUUCUUGGAAAGAGGUGGACCUUUUGCUCAUCCGGAUUUUGAACCAAGUUCAGAGACGCUGCAGUUCAUGCAAGAAGUAUGUAAGAUCCUUGUCAUUGGAGCAGGAGGCCUUGGGUGUGAGUUGCUGAAAAAUCUGGCGCUGCUUGGUUUUCGCAACAUCGAUGUGAUUGACAUGGACACCAUUGAUGUGUCCAACCUCAACAGGCAGUUUCUGUUCAGACCAAAGGAUGUUGGGAAAGCUAAAGCUGAAGUAGCAGCUGAUUUCAUCAACAACAGAGUCCCAGGAUGCAAAGUCAAAGCACAUUUUGCAAAGAUUCAAGACUACGAUGAGUCAUUUUACAGAGGUUUCCACAUCAUUGUGUGUGGCCUGGACUCCAUCAUUGCACGGCGCUGGAUCAACGGCAUGCUGGUAAGCUUGUUGAACUAUGAGGAUGGAGAGCUGGACCAAUCUUCUAUUAUCCCAAUGGUGGACGGAGGGACAGAAGGGUUCAAGGGGAAUGCCCGUGUUGUUCUCCCAGGGAUGACCGCUUGUAUAGAGUGUACACUGGACUUGUAUCCCCCUCAGGUAAACUUCCCCCUCUGCACAAUAGCCCACACGCCGAGGCUGCCGGAGCACUGUAUAGAGUAUGUCAGGAUCCUUCUGUGGCCCAAGGAACAGCCAUUUGGAGAGGGUAUAGUUAUAGAUGGAGACGACCCAAAACACAUCAACUGGAUCCUUGAUAAGUCCCAGGAGAGAGCUAAUGAAUACAGGAUAUUAGGUGUAACGUACAGACUCACUCAGGGUGUUGUGAAGAGAAUCAUCCCAGCUGUGGCAUCAACUAAUGCAGUCAUAGCAGCGGCCUGUGCUACAGAGGUGUUCAAGGUGGCAACAAGCUGUUCACAUCCUCUCAACAACUACAUGAACUUCAACGACACAGAAGGCGUGUACACAUUCACAUUCGAGGCACAGAAGAGGGAUGACUGUAUGGGCUGCAGCCAGAUCCCUCAAGCCCUGUCCUUCUCCGAGAACGACAAGCUGCAGGACGUCAUCACACACCUCAUUGAGAGUAAUACAUAUCAGAUGAAAUCCCCUGGUAUCACAACCUGUGUAGAUGGUAAAAACAAAACUCUGUACAUGCAGACUGUGAAAUCUAUAGAAGCAAAAACAAAAGAAAAUUUAAAGAAAACUCUUAAAGAUCUAGGACUACGUAAUGGCCAGGAGAUCUACGUAGCUGAUGUCACCACGCCCACCUCCGUCACCUUCAGACUCCAGUUGGGGACCAGUAUGGAUGACAGCUAGACAGUCAUGUGUGGAAGGAAUUGAAAUAAUAUUGAACUGACUACAUGCCCGGACACAAAGAUCAGGGAUGAGAAAUUUCUGCGGAUUUGAUCACGCUGGGGUCAUACUUGUGAAUCGUCUAAACCUGCAGCCCCCAAGACCCCCGGCUCAUUUUCCUGCUUUUUCACUCAUGCCCAUUCUCAUCCCUGAAAGAUUGGAUCUUUCAAUGCAUCAACAAGUGCUAUUUCCAUUUCAACACUGAAGUUCUUUAAGAGAGCAGAUUAGGAGAAGUGUUGUGGACAGAGCAUGCUGACUAUCAGUACCACCCCCUGUGCACAUGCCUCCAAUCCAAACAUUCACGGGUCUCUCCACUACCAGGUUCACCCAGCUUUGAAAAGGUCUUAAAUUUGAAACUCUGGCCAUGAAAAUGCCGUAAAUUUGACAGUCUGGCCACCAAAAGGACUAAGAUUACCAACUGGGUUAUUUGCAGAUGACUUUCAAUUUGAUUUUCAGGACAUGAAAUCGGCCCAAUUUGAAAUUCUGGUGAAAAAGAAGGCCUUCAGUUUGACAUUUUGACCAUGAAAAAGCCUUAACUUUGAAAGUGUCUUGAAACAGGUUUGACCUUAAAGAAAUGCAUUGAUUUGUCAAGGAAGGUUAGUUUACAGUUGAAACGUUUUGCAGUCACAGUUGUAUGUAGAUAUUAUGAAGCUAAAGAUUGGUUGGUAAAUCACUGGAUAAAUAAUUUUUCGUAUAGACUUAAAACAUGAUAGUCAUGGGUAGGCGCCAUUGGUCAUUUCCAACCAUUCCACAACUCAUUUUUGACUUGUAGCUACAGAAAAUCAGUAAUUUUGGAGAAUAGUUCUUCAAAGGUUUGGAUGAACAGAUUAUUGGCCUUGUCUAUACCCUGAUCGUGUAUAAGAAUUUACAGUGAGAUCUAUUCUGACAGCAAAAACCCUAAGAUUAUCCAAGUAAUCUGCUUGAAAGCAGACCUUUUCGCCUUAAAAGUGUGAUCAUUGCCUUUUAAAACCCAAAAAGUUUUUUGAAUUGAAGGCUAAUGUUUUCAAUGAACCAUGUGCUAGGCUGCGGAGGUAACCCAGCAACAGCCUGAUGUCACAGGGCAUUGUUUUGCUACUAUAUUUGGUGAGACAGUUUCAGAAAUUACAUAAUAACGUAUUGAGACAUACUGGUAAAGUUUGUGGUGCUGCAGGGUCCCGAUCCACAAACCGUUUGUAGCGCUACAACUUUCGUAAGCCUAUGAUAAACUAUAGAGUUAUGAUGGCUUUGUGGAUCUAUGGCUUUGUGGAUCUGGACCUAGACUUGUAGAGGUAGGCCUGGAGGUUACCUAAGAUUUGUGUUUGAUCACCAUUUUCUACUUGAGUAGAAAUAGACAAAGAUGACCAAGUCACGUGACUGUCAGUUUCUGUUCUUUUGAAAUUUUAGGGUGUCUUCAUACUCUGCAACACGGAUCAGAUCGUUGCCCUGUAUCAGUUUCUGGAUUUUCUGGCCCGGCUGGAAUUUUUACAAGCCAUCAUUGUGUAGCUAGAAUGUCAAAAUGUGUCGUUAAACGAACAACUGUUCCCUUAAAUUAGUAUUCCCAACUUAUUGAUCCAUGAGUGUUGUUUUUGUCUUGGAUUACUGAAGGAAUAUUUGUUUACAAUAUAAUAUUUGUCUGCAAGAAGUGAAAUGAAUAAUUUGUUAGUCGAAACUGGACAGCAGUACCUCUGUCCCUACUAAGCAUUGUAUGACAGCAUUUGGUGCUGCAAGGAGUUCUUCUUACAAAGACCGAAGACUGGUUCUGGAUUACUUUGAGCUGCAUCAUCUUUUUAUGUAAAGACAAGAUUCUUUUCCCCCACACCUUUUACUAUACAUAUCAUUCAUAAAGUUUCUCAAUUGCAUUUGUUAAUAACUGCUCCAGCUAAACUAUAUUACUGUGAAACUAAAUGAAUAAUCUGAUUGCAUAGUAUGAUUAGAAAAUCCUAAAAUGUUAAACCCAGGAAAAGAUUUCUGAUAGAAAAGGUCUAGUACUUGGUGUAAAAAUACUAAUUAAACUGCACCCAAAAGGUGUAAAACGUUACUCAGUACCAGAAAACGUAAAUGAUGUGUGAGUAAAUGCUCAACUCAAAAAGAAUUGAUGGUCACUACAAAGUGCUGAGCUGAUUGUAACUCUGAUACUGUGAAGCUGACUGUAAUCGUUAGGGAUGGAAUCGAUACGUAUCAGGAUACCCAUGUCAUUAUUGAGUAAAUUUAGUUACAUUCAUAUUUAAUAAUUGCCCAUGAAACAUUUUUUUAUUCUCAGAGAUUAUAAAAGUCUAAUUUCCCAUUUUUGUGCAUGAAAAAUAAUCAUUUAUAACUCUCAUAACAUCAAAAAACAUGAUACAAUUGCAAAAUGUAAACGAUACAUAAACAUAUUUAAACCGAUACUUUCAAAACUAAAUAUCGAUACACUUUGAAUGUAUCGAUAAUUGUAUGUUUUAGAAAAAGUGUGGAUGUAUUGAUGUAUCGUGGCAUCCAUAGUAAUCGUGCUGAGAUCAGCUGACACCUGACUGAGGGAGGGAGGCAGCCAUCCUCUGUAUCUUCAGGGCUUGCAUGUAGUGUGUCUUACACUGCAGUAUCCAUUAAGAUUUCCAGUAGCAUUAAACCGGCAUGUUUGUUGUACAUUUCCAGUGAAAUAUAUGUGUAUGAAUUGUAUUUCAAAAGUAAAUAUUUAUAGAAAAUGC